GGGGGGGCAGGGGCCGGAGGGCAGGGAAGGGUCCUAGAGCAAGACCCAUUGCCUCCAUAGAAGUGAGGAGAGGAGACGCAGCUAUGACUUCUGCGCACGGCAGGCGAAGCACACGAUAGGCAGACCGCUUCUCCACUCUCUCGCUCGCCCACUGCUGCUGCCGCUGGCCUUGCUUGCUUGAUUGCUCAUGCAUGUCGAUGCGCAGACACAGCAGCGUCACGCUUCCCAGUCAUUUCCUCAGACGAGUCUUCAUUGCUUCGAGACAAUAAUCGGCUGGCGUAGAUCAGAAGAGAGAUAGACAGAGCAGAGAAGAGAAGAGAAGAGAGGGAAGCCCAGAGAGAGAGUGAGAGAGAGAGAGAGAGAGAGAGAGAGAGAGAGAUAGAGAUAGGAAGGAAGGAUCCUUUACAUUCAUUCAUGUCGUAGGCUGCCCCGUUCGCUCGGCGGAGAGUAGAGUGUGGAGAAGAAGAAGUAAGGAGGACGAGGAGAGAGCCGAGUGGAUCAGACCAUAUACAGCAUCCGCCCGUCUGGCUGCCGGGUGCCGUUGACGUCGAGAAAGUUCAGCCCUGGGGUUACUGCCGUCUCGUCGCUCGAAGUUGGGGUUAGAUUGUGUAGGGGAGGAAGUUGAAUUCAGAGGUUUUUGUUCGAGCCGCUCCAAGUGCGUUCUGCGUUUUCGGCCGUUCAAACAGUUUCUUCGUCGUAGGGUUGAGUUGUUAUUAGGAGGGAGAGUUUAGAAAUCAGUGAGGUAUAUGUUUUGGGAGGAGGGAGAAGCGAGGGUUGAAGGGAGAGGAGGGAUCGAAGAGAGGCCAGUUUAAGGCUCCGUUGGUUGGCGCCUGGAGGGGAAAGAGCUCCCGCCUUCUACUGAGGUGGAGAUGCAGCGAUGACGUCGUGGUCGAUGACGAAUAUGACGCCCUAGAGACUGGAGUUAACGUCGAACUUUGACGUGGAUGGUGUCAAUUUCGCAAAAGCUGCGAGAAGCUGACAGUCAGCCGUGGGUCUGGUUUGUGCGGAAAUCCGAGGUUGAUUUGUAAUCCGGGCCUCGGCAGAAGCGUUGUCUGGAUCUGCAUCCCUUUGCCCUCGGUUCUUGGUUGAAAUUCACCUUGGGCUGCGUCAGAGGCCUUGUAAGAUUCACGAAAAUAUCCUGAGCCUGUCGAGGAAUUCUGCAAUCUAUCAUGGCGGAGGAAACCUUUCCUUCGUGGGCACGAACUACAGAUCAGUGCUUAGAGCAUUUUCAAGUAGAUCUGAAGCAAGGCCUGAGCAAGGGUGCUGUGGAGAAGCAACGCGAGCUUUACGGAUGGAACGAACUUCAGAAAGAGGCUGCCAAGCCUAUGUGGAAACUUGUUCUGGAGCAGUUCGACGAGAUGCUCAUUAAGAUCUUGCUUGUGGCGGCCUUUGUCUCCUUCGUUCUUGCAUACAUCGACGAGCACGAGAGUGGUCUAACGGCAUACGUGGAGCCAAUCGUGAUCAUUUUAAUCCUUGUGAUCAAUGCCGUUGUUGGAGUGUGGCAGGAGAGCAAUGCCGAAAGGGCACUAGAGGCUUUGAAGGAAAUGCAAUCAGAGCACGCGAAGGUCACCAGAAACGGCAUCUACAUUCCAGAUUUGCCUGCCAGAGAGCUGGUACCUGGCGACGUUGUUGAACUUCGGGUUGGAGAUAAAUGUCCUGCCGACAUGAGAGUUAUCAAGCUCCAAACCUCUACAUUCAGGGUGGAACAGAGCUCGCUGACCGGGGAGAGUAUGGCUGUCAUCAAGACUCAUCAGCCUGUCCCUCUCGACGUGGAGCUGCAGGGGAAGGAAAAUAUCGUGUUUGCGGGCAGCACCGUCGUGAAUGGAAGCUGUGUGAGUCUUGUGGUGAGCACUGGUAUGUCCACCGAAAUUGGAAAGAUCCAGUCUCAGAUUCAGGAAGCAUCUCUCGAGGAAACUGACACACCUCUCAGGAAGAAGUUGGAUGAGUUUGGCGAGCGUUUGACCACUGUUAUCGGCGUGAUCUGUCUUCUGGUGUGGAUUAUCAACUAUAAGUACUUCUUCUCAUGGGAUACCGUCAACGGAAUUCCAAGGAAUUUCAGGUUCUCUUUUGAGAAGUGCACAUACUACUUCAAGAUCGCAGUCGCUCUGGCGGUUGCUGCUAUUCCCGAGGGUUUACCUGCUGUGAUCACUACAUGUUUGGCACUGGGCACGAGGAAAAUGGCGCAGAAGAACGCCAUCGUGCGAAAGCUUCCCAGCGUGGAAACUCUAGGAUGCACGACUGUUAUUUGCUCUGAUAAGACUGGAACCCUUACUACGAAUCAAAUGUCGGUUACUGAACUCGUAGCAAUCGGCUCUAACCCUGUGGCUACCCGUGAAUUUCACGUUGACGGAACCACUUACAGUCCAGUCGACGGUGGUAUCGUUGGCUGGACAGGUGAGCUCGAUGCAAAUUUGCGGGCGAUCGCCGAAAUCUCGGCACUGUGCAACGAAGCUGCCAUUGCUUUCAAAGGGAACCAGUUUCGAGCUACUGGUAUUCCUACCGAGGCUGCUCUCAAGGUUCUCGUGGAGAAAAUGGGAGUGCCUGAUGCAAGACUGCAAGCGAAAAUUGCUGAAGAGCGGAGCCGGCCUCAGAACCUUCUCGACAAUACCAUGGUGGAGUUGGGCUGCUGUGACUUCUGGAACUCACGACAAGAGAAACUUGGGCUUUUGGAGUUUGACCGCCUCAGAAAGUCCAUGGGUGUCAUUGUGCGAAACAAUGUCGGCAAGAAUCGUCUUUUGGUGAAGGGUGCCGUUGAAAAUAUAUUGGAGAGGAGUGCAUUUCUUCAAUUGGCAAGUGGUGAGGUCGUGGAAAUGACCGAAGACUCCAGAGAAUUGUUGUUGAAGCGUUUGGCCAACAUGAGCUCUAAGGCUUUGAGGUGUCUAGGUUUCGCAUACAAGGAGCAAUUGGGCGAGUUUGAAUCUUACACUGGAGAGGAUCACCCAGCUCACAGACUGCUUCUCGACCCUAGCAACUACUCAAACAUCGAGAGCGAUCUUGUCUUUGUUGGCAUGGCCGGUAUCAGAGAUCCUCCCCGUGAAGAAGUCCACAAGGCAAUCGACGACUGUAGAGAAGCAGGAAUUCGAGUCAUGGUCAUUACCGGAGACAACAAGAAUACUGCCGAAGCCAUAUGCAGGGAGAUUGGAGUGUUCAGCGAUGGCGAAGAUAUCUCUUUGAAGAGUUUUACGGGAAGAGAUUUUCUUAGCCUUCCAGUUGAACAGCGACGGAAAAUUCUAGCUGGAAGUGGAGGCUGUCUUUUCUCCAGGUCCGAACCGAAACACAAACAGGACAUUGUUCGUAUGCUGAAGGAGGCUGGAGAAGUUGUAGCUAUGACCGGAGAUGGAGUGAAUGAUGCUCCAGCAUUGAAGCUUGCAGACAUUGGUAUCGCAAUGGGAAUUGCCGGAACUGAGGUCGCCAAGGAGGCGUCCGAUAUGGUUCUUGCGGAUGACAAUUUCAGCACCAUUGUGUCCGCCGUUGCGGAAGGUCGUUCUAUUUAUAAUAAUAUGAAGGCAUUCAUCAGGUACAUGAUCUCCUCGAACGUUGGAGAAGUUGCUUCAAUCUUCUUGACUGCAGCACUCGGCAUGCCCGAAGGCCUAAUUCCUGUUCAGCUUCUUUGGGUGAAUCUCGUGACUGACGGUCCUCCGGCAACCGCAUUGGGUUUCAAUCCCCCUGAUGCCGACAUCAUGAGGAACCCACCCCGAAGAAGUGAUGAUGUCUUGAUCAAUAAGUGGGUGUUCUUCCGAUACAUGGUUAUUGGUAGCUACGUAGGAGUUGCAACUGUAGGCAUCUUCGGUUUGUGGUACACUCAGGAAUCUUUCUUGGGCAUUCCUCUGACCUCGGAUGGACACACGUUAGUUUCUUACUCACAACUGACAAAUUGGGGCGACUGUCCAACAUGGGAGAACUUUACCGUCGCACCUUUCCAGGCCGGUUCACAGGAAUUGGACUUCAGCAAGAAUCCUUGUGACUACUUUACGCUAGGGAAAGUGAAGGCAACAACUCUUUCCCUCUCAGUGCUGGUGGCCAUUGAGAUGUUCAACUCUCUGAAUGCCCUGUCAGAGGAUGGGAGUUUAAUCACCAUGCCACCAUGGGUGAACCCGUAUCUUUUGUUGGCGAUGGCGGUGUCUUUUGGACUUCACUUUUUGAUACUUUAUAUCCCCAUCCUUGCCAACAUCUUUGGCAUUGUGCCCCUCAGCUUAAACGAGUGGCUGCUUGUGCUGGCGGUGUCCCUACCUGUAAUAUUGAUAGACGAGGUUCUAAAGUUCAUCGGCAGACGCAUGACAAGUCGUCAAAGACAGGCAAGGAAACUGAAAACUGCUUAAAUUUCUUUAUGUUAUCCUAGUCCGGACUGCUAAAAAUCGUUAGCAGAGGAAUGUGGUCUCUUGAUAGUGUAUCACUACCCACUCCCAGAUUCUAGAGGGGCAAAUUACGACGCGAACGUGAAUAUUCAGUCGAUAUCGUACAAAGAUAGGCCCGUGUCUUGGAAUGAUCUGGACUUACAGAGACAGAUGGUAGGAACUGGACGGAGAAAUUUUUUAUACACCCUAGGCCAGGGUACUGUCAAAUAGUCACAAACUGUUAGAAAAGCAGUGCUGGCCAUCUCUGCAGACCCGGUUGAAGCCCUCUUCUGCCAUUGACGACUUAUCAGCUUAGUCGCUUGAUGAGUGAUUUUUGAUAGGUAUAGGCUGACGUCAUAAAUUGGGUCUCCUGAAAUUUUUUACAGCGGGGACAAUGGCCGCAUUGUUAAAAGCCCAUUCAACGUUUUAGUAGAUGAUCUGGUUCUGAAAGAUUCUUUCACCAUUUUUCUGAAGAAACUUUCUUCACAAUCUUGUGACUCUGUAAAUGAAGAUGCGAACAUUUUGAUC